GAGGAAACAAUGAGCUAAGGGAGGGAGCACAGCACUUUCAAAUAAGACAAGAGAAACAAAAGAGUGAGUGAAGACAAUAUUUCGAGGAGGUCAGGACAGCACUAUGUACAAGAUGUCAAUGAAGGUGCUACAUUUUGCCAUAUCCAUGCUAAUGAGUGGUCUGACAUCUGGCCUUCCUCUGCAGGAAGUUGAAAUUCGACAUCGCAGGGAUGCAGAUUCUUGCAGAGAAUGUCCUGCAGGAAUGUAUCAGAGUUCAUGUGACGAAUGUGCAGAAUGUCCUGAAAACACCUUCACCAACAAGACCAACACAGAGUACAGCUGUCUUGAUUGCUACAUGGAUUGUGUUGCAGAAUUGCACUUGCAGGUGGUGAGUCCGUGCACCAAGAAUGCUGAUGUAGUUUGUGAAUGUAUGAAAGGGUUUGUUUGCCUUAGGAGAAAUCUGUACACAGGGCAGUGCAUCAAGUGUAAGCAGCAGCAACCUGCACAGACCAUCUCUCAGCCACCAGCAAAGACCUUCUCUCACACAAUCUCACCAACUCCCUCGUAUGCUCCAGAGCAAACCACCUUGCACCCUUCAACAUGGAUCACAGGCCUGCCCUUUUUCACCACUUCAACUUUAUAUGAGAAGUCAAAGGGUACAAUGUUGCUUUUGAGCGUAGUGUUUUCAGUUCUGUUCAUUGUAUUUUGCUUCAUCACGUUUUAUUUCUACAAAAGAAAAAUUGGCUGCGUAAAAAAACGUUUAAAGCAGUGCUCAUUACGAAAGCAAAAGGAGGAAAUUACAGCCAUAUCCUCUGAAAUAAACAAGCCAAUUACCCCACUUCAUGCCCAGGGGACCCACACACAAACACCUAGCAGUACUAACACAGACGACUCCACUCCUCAGCCAGCCAGCAGAGAGCAGCCUCCUUCUGGUUCUGGAAAUCUGGGUCCUCUCUACAUAUAUGGUGCAAGUACAGUGUUUGUCAGUUUACUGAACCAGUUUGGACUGAAUGGAGGAGACAAGGAUGAAGAGGAUCUCCGACAGCAGCCUUUAAACAAUAGUGAGAUGCACAGUCCUCCUUCUCCUACAAUCCCUCUGUCGAAGGAGGAAAGGAACAGGGACAUCUCUUUCCCUUCUCAGGAGCAAGGGAAGGAGUGUCACAUGUCAAAAGAGGAAGGAUUGUGAUGGAUAUAAACCAUAAUCAUUUAUUCUGCUGUGUGAGUAUUAUUUAUAGUGCCUCACAGUUUUGUUAGUUUUGGUUUCUCUGAAGCCAGAGUCUUCUUCCCAGUUGAAAGGUGAGCUCCUCUGAGGCAAAAAAGACAAUACCAUCUAACUCUAACCUGGAUUUCUUGGCCUGGAUCUUGCAAAAAGGCAGCAGUAUGUAUUUGAUUAUGAAAUCAUACAUGAGUAAGCAGGUAUGGUGGUACAGUGUUCAUCAGCAUCUGGAGGCAAUGCAUAUGUAUAUGUGUGUGUGUAUAUAUAUAUAUAUAUAUAUAUAUAUAUAUAUAUAUAUAUAUAUAUAUAUAUAUA